GAGGGUCUGCGGGAGAUUUGCGGUAUUCUGGAAACGGGAAGGUCUCCCUUUCCCACCGUGUCUUAUCCUACGGGGUGGACGGCAGUGCCCUUUGAUUUACAUCAUCUCCUACCUCUACCAUCCUUUACCAGACGCAGCUCCGAGGGCUGGAGCCAACUUCAGGACUGACUGACCAUGACUUCCAUAAAGGAGCAGGCAGCAAUUAGCCGGCUCUUGAGUUUUUUACAGGAUUGGGACAACGGUGGCAAAGUCGCAAGGAGUCACAUCCUCGACAAUUUCAUCAAGACCAACCAAGGCAAGACCUCUCCUGAACUGGAGCAGGAGUUUUCCCAGGGAGCCAGCUUGUUCCUGGUACGCUUGACCACCUGGCUUAGACUCAUCUAUAUGACUGGCUCCUGUUUAGAUAAGAUUCUACAGUCUAUUGGCAUCUUCUUGUCAGCGGUGAGCAGUAAUCGGUACCUUAGAGAAUUUCUGGAAGUUGGAGGCGUCCUAACACUCUUGGAAAUACUUGGGCUGGAGAAGAUCAGGGAGGAGGACAAGAAGGAAUCCAUCAAGCUACUUCAGGUUAUUGCAAACUAUGGCAGGAAGUACAAGGAGCUCAUCUGUGAAAGCUAUGGUGUACGAUCCAUAGCAGAAUUUUUGGCAAAGUCUAAAUCCGAAGAGACCCAGGAGGAAGUGCAGCUUCUGUUGGAUUCUUUGGUCCACGGAAACCCCAAGUACCAGAAUCAAGUCUACAAAGGUCUAAUAGCUUUGCUGUCCUGCGCAUCACCAAAAGCUCAGCAGCUGUCCCUGCAGACUCUCAGGACUGCGCAGUCGAUCAUUGGAACUACCCACCCCAGCAUCGUGGAGUGCGUGCUGAAGGUGCUGCGCACAAUGCACCUGGAAGUCCAGUAUGAAGCCAUCGAGCUGAUCAAGGACCUGGUCAACUAUGACGUGUGCCAGGCGCUGCUCAAGGGCCUCGUGGAGCUGCUGAUACCGUCCGUCAAGGAGACCAGCAAACUGCAACCCAAGAUCCUCAACGACUCCUUGGUUCCCCAGCUCACCGCCCACCUGCCGGUGUUCUUGCAGCAGGCCGCGGCAGCCAAGGCCAUCGGGAUCCUGGCGCGCAGCAACACGAGCAUCGCCGAGGAGAUGCUGCACCUGCGCGUGGUGCACAGCCUGUUGGCCGCCAUGGGCAACUCGGACCACAGCAACAGCCAGCGGCAGGCCAGCCUCACGCUGGAGUACUUCGUGCAGGUGUUCCCGGUGGUGGAGGAGCACGUGCGCAGGUCCAUGGGAGAGGAGCUCUACAAGCUUUUCCUCAGCAAUGCCGAGGACUUGUACAUGAAAAUAGAUAGCAUUCAGGCGGAUAUCUUGGCGGCCAACAAAGUCAAUGUUUCCAAAGCAUUAUACCUCGGUGGCGUCCCCCACAGCAACACGACCUUUUACCUUGACGCCCAUGACCAGGAUCAGCUGGCUUACAUCACAUACUUCCAGAAGGAGGAUGUGGAGGGAGAGGAGUAA